GAGUUUACUCAUUUUAGACCAUUCCAUUGGUCCUGAAAAAAAUCUCUACACACCCGGGGCACCGGGCCAUGCAAAAUUAACUCGACCACUUCUUUCGCGACCUAAAAAGUGUAACGUUUGGUAUUGUAUCGAGUUAAAUUCGCUAGCAUUCAUAUUUGUGCUUUCGGUUUAUAACUGUUUAACAAGAAGCCCUGUAACACGGAGACAAACUAACGCAACUUGCAUGAAGAUUGAAACAGACUUGCAUCGAAGUUGCAGGAGAGCGGGGUAGAUGCAGGGAGGGAGGGAGUAAAAAGUAUUUGUGCUUCCCCUCCCCCUCAUCAAAGCAAAGGGGGAAAUGUCUCUUUCUAAAGGAGGGAAGAAGAAGAACCCAGGUCUCAAGCUCUCCAAAGAGGUCUUUGAGCAGCCCCCACCUGCACCCCCAGUCCCCCCUCGAGAUCUGGAUUCAAAAGCCUGUGUUACCAUUGGAGAGAAGAACUUUGUUAUGAAGGCAGAUGACUUGGAGCAGAUCGGGGAGCUUGGGAGAGGAGCGUAUGGCGUGGUGGACAAGAUGAGACAUGUGCCCAGUGGCCUUAUCAUGGCCGUCAAGAGGAUCCGGGCCACAGUGAACACCCUGGAGCAGAAGAGACUGCUGAUGGACCUGGACAUCUCCAUGAGGACCGUGGACUGCUUCUUCACGGUCACCUUCUACGGCGCUCUCUUCAGAGAGGGUGACGUGUGGAUCUGCAUGGAGCUGAUGGACACGUCUCUGGAUAAGUUCUACAAGCAAGUGAUAGAUAAAGGCAUGACCAUCCCUGAAGACAUUCUGGGGAAGAUCAGUGUAGCGAUCGUCAAGGCUUUGGAGCAUCUGCAUAACAAACUUUCAGUGAUACACAGAGAUGUGAAACCGUCCAACGUGCUGAUCAACACACAGGGUCAGGUGAAGAUGUGUGACUUUGGCAUCAGCGGCCACCUGGUGGACUCUGUGGCCAAGACCAUGGACGCCGGCUGCAAGCCCUACAUGGCGCCAGAACGGAUAAACCCCGACCUCAACCAGAAAGGCUACAGCGUCAAGUCAGACAUCUGGAGUCUAGGAAUCACGAUGAUUGAGCUGGCCAUUUUGAAGUUCCCCUACGACUCUUGGGGUACACCCUUCCAGCAACUGAAGCAGGUAGUGGAUGAGACCUCUCCACAGCUGCCCUCGGACCGCUUCUCCCCUGAGUUUGUGGACUUCAGCUCCCAAUGCUUAAGAAAGAAACCCAACGAGAGACCCGCCUACACAGAAUUAAUGCAACAUCCCUUUUUCACCCUGCAUGACUCCAAAGAAACGGACGUAGCCAGCUUUGUCAAGAUCAUCCUGGCAGACUGACACGCCCCUCCACCCACCAGGGUAGGAGGUAGGUGGGACUUCUCCACCCACCCACCAAUCCCAGGCCUUUCAGAAAGCUCACUGGAAAUGAUCUGCCACACAACUCCAACUUUCUGUCCACCUACCUACCCCACAACAGAGGGGUUUUCCCAAAGACUGACUACAGCUCACAUAGGCCAUGUGGGAGAGCGCUAGUAAUAUGAACUCAAGAUAUUGAUGUUGUCCACCCAAACUGGAGAGGGUCAACUUGCCCACGGAUCCAACAACCCCUUCCCUCCCUCUACUCCUACAAACUGAACUGAAUCAAACUCCUCACUGUACCAGUUUUCUGAAUGGACAGUGUCAGCAGAAAGUAAAUCUCUCGCUACACAUACUGUAUGUUCAUCACUCUGAAUUACACAAAGCGAAAAAUCGUUCGAUAAAAUGUGUACGUCUCUGUAUAAUGAAUUGAAAAAAUAUAUUUUGCAUUUAUGCGUUUAUUUCUCUCAUACAGUUUGUAACUGUAUAUUUUCAUCAAGUAUGAAUUAGCAAGGGAGUGUCUUUACUCUUUCUGAAUCCUAGCAUGAGGUGAAGAGGUGACCUGCAUUUCUCGUCUCACCUUCUGGUGAUUGGUCAGUGGCUGGACGGCAGCAGCUGUCUUCGGGCAGGGUUUGGGGAGGCUCUGGAGGGGUCAGACGAAGUAAUUUUCUUCUUGGGGAAAGUUCAAAGGUGAAAGAAAGCGUGACAGGGGGCCCUGGACAAAGGGAAUUGCUAGUCCUACCUAGGAGUAUUUUGUGGCAUGGGAAUGCGAGGCAUCCGAUAUCAUCUGACCUCAAAGACAUGCCCCUAUAUGCACACCCCUCUGCCCCGCCCCUUCCUAAACUCUCUCACCCAUCUGUACACACCGCUCUGCCCCGCCCCUUCCUAACCAUCGCACCCUGCUCUGUCACCAAGAGUGUUGUGAAGAGUGUAUUCUCGUAUAGUACAUGGAGAUGGAAUUGGGGGAAUGAUUCUCUUAACUAUCCAGACUAUACUGCAUCUAUCUUCCAGUCCCUCUGAGCCAUUUAACAUAUGUAUUUUCAUUAUUCAUUAUUAUUACCUUGGUUUCCUGGAUGUGGUUGGGGGCUGCUGUUUGACACAUUUAAUUAUUAUUAUUAUUAUUUUUUCAUUAUCCUGAGUGCAGGACAGGAGCAUGUCAGUAUCGUGUUUCGCCCCCGAAGCACUUAUCUUAACAGAGGUCAACGAAGCCUCAUGCCUUACACGUACAGUAUAUUAGGGAAAAUAAUUUAUGUGUGUUGAAGAUGUAAAUACUAUUUUGGACAACUUUUUCUCUUUUAAAUGUAACGUUGGCGAUGUGGAGUGAUGUGGCAGCAGAGUGGACGUGUACUCGUGCGCUAUGCGGCUGAUUGAUGUGUACUCGUUAGUUUUAAUGCAGUCGGUGUGUGAGAGAGAGGUAAACGCAGCCCGCUGACUCCUCCUGUACUCGUCGAUGAGCUGCUGCAGCCACCUCUCAGGUUUCAAUGCCCUGCUUUAAGUCAGCGGAGGCAGCCAUGUUUGUUUCCCCACGAUGUUGUACCUCUCUGAAGGCUGGGUAGUGUUCAUUAGGCAGAAAACUGAAUGAAAUAAACAGUGAGGAACUACCUGGACUUGGUCCAAAUAAGAAACGCUCAUGUUCGGUUCCUCCUGUGAGUAAAGAAGGGAAAGCUAAUAAAGAGCUGCUGUGAUUUGACCUUUUUUCUCUUGUUGGCCAUCUUAGAAGCGGACCACUGUAAUCCUCGGAAUAGUUCCGUUCCACUUUUUAGUUCCGUAAGCGAACUAGAGCAGUGAACAACACAUUAGAAUGUAGGGUGUGGUGCCUUUUUUGGCCCAUUCACAGUGUGUUUAUGGCUAUCGAACUUACGGUGUUAGUUCUUUAUGGGUAACUUUGUAGUUUGCAAAGCUUAAGGAUCUAGAAGUGUAGCGGGACUAUUCCAAAUAGUACAGAGGCCCCGCAGAAGACACUGAUUACUUAUGUGUUGAGAAGAGUGAGUACAGGCUGAUGAGUGUGGAUGGAACUGUACAGGCUGAUGACGGUGUGGAUGGAACUGUACAGGCUGAGUGUGGAUGGAACUGAUGGUCUACCUCUCUCAUUCACUCUACCCGCCACCACGUCAUUGGGUGAUUUCUGACAAACUUGAACUGUGGGAAGACGUAAUAAAGGCUUUAUUCUUAAAUAAAA